AUGGCUCGCAGUCGUAGCAGAAGCAGAGAGCGCCGCCGACGAUCACGUUCCGCGGAGAGGAAGCCACGUGACAGAAGUCGUGAAAGAGAUAAGGAACGUGACGAUCGAGUAGGGAAACGAAGGCAUAGUAAGGAGCGGAGAAGCAGAAGCAGAAGUCCACAUGAACGGCGUCGUAGUCGAAGCAGAGAUCGUAAAAGUCGUGAUGACAGGCGAAGACGUGAUGACAAGGAAAGGCAACAUGCGCAAGAACCUAUCUCUCUUGAUCAGCUAGUGAAUUGCGAACAGGAUAUUUCGACGCUGAUGGGCUUCACAGGGUUCAAUACUACAAAGAAUAAAAAGGUAGUCGAUUGCGGAGAGUUCGGCUACUAUCAAGGGAGGCUCAUAUCGCUCGACGCUGACUCGAAAGACAUUGUGCUGGGAUCUGCAUUCAAGGAAGGUAUCCCUCUUGGCAAAAAUGUGACGCUGAAUGGUGCGCAAAUAGUGAGCCUAAAGGUGCUCAAGGCAGCACAGCAAGUUAUGGAAGCAAAUUUGGCUUCCACUUCAAAUAACCACGCGGAGAAAAAGGACACUCUUCAAAAACCAAACGGAGCGAAACAAAAUGGCCCCAUUGUUCACAGAAGCAAGAGUACAAUCGAGUUCAACAGCACGGAAGCUUCUCAAAAUCGGAAUCAAGGAGGUGGUCUCCACACACGGUCUGUGGUUUGGGAUGGUAGUUCUUAUGUAACUUCUCUUUCAUACACUAAAGUAACCCUAUUCAGCGCAACGACUGCUGUACAAAAUAAAUCAAGCAGAACUGCACCACAGAGGAAACCUAGCUCUGUCAGUUCUACUAGCGAAGAGGGGCAGUGCGUACCCCCGGAUGUUCGUUCGAAACCUAGAACAAGAAGUCGUCGAGUCAGAAGAUCUGAAUCAGAACAUAUCCACAGUCAUCCUGUAGGUGUGUCAGAAACGCCACACUUCCGUAGCUUUGAACCUCAAGUCCCGUUACCUCGCGAACUUCUCGUGGCCAAAGUGAAAAAUAGAGGCAAAACAAAAGGACCUAGCGGUAAUCCACUGCUCGACUCUAAAAAGUUACAUGGUAGAAUAGCAAACGGCAACGACGAGUUGGUCAAACCGAUCGAUUUUGAGUUACUCAAUACAGAUUUCGAUUUUGAUGCAAAUUUGGAGCAGUUUAAACGUGAGAAUUUGGAAGACGAAUAUUAUGAGUCAGUAGAGAAGCAGAAGAUGUCACAAAAUUUUGCCCACUACGAGAAUAUCAUCGCUGACCCUGCAAGGGUUACUUCAUGGACAAAUGUUGUUGGAGGUGGCAACCAUAUCGAAAAUUCGGAUAAAGCAAACGCCACUGCCAGGUCCCCCAUGGAAAGUUUCAAGCAUGGUAGCCUUAUAUCACUUAGGCGCUCCCCACCAAUUCGAUUUAUUUCUUUUUGUCCAAGUGGUUAUGAGACUACAUACGACGGUUUUCCACUACCUGUUUUAGAUGUGGCAUUGAAGAAAAAGUACUUGAGUGAAUGCUGCUCAACUCUGGGAUCUGAUGUAUACUAUUAUUUGGUCGCAGAUAGAUUGAUUAUGUGGCUAAUAGAUGUUGUGGGAAGGAACAAUACAGAAAAAUUUUGCAAGGCUAUGAUUAGAGGGUAUUUCCAUUCUGUAAUGAUUUAUAGGCUUGGAAUAUCGCUUGAUCGCACUGUCGUUUUGGCUUCUUCAACCACUCCUUUAAGAUUGGUCGAUCGUGUCCUGUCACAUCUCGAUAACAGAGGAGUGACGACUACUCUUUACGGGAAGUUUCCGAGUUUCGAUUUAGGCCUAGUCUCAGUGGUUGAUCGUGUUUCCAUGUUACCAUCUGCUCUUAGAGUAAUUAUUGUGCUUAGUGACGAGCUUACUUCCGAAACUCAAUCUUGGCUCGGAAAACAAACAAGUUCACAUGUUAUUUCACUUGAAUGUGCUCCUUCUGUGUUAGAUUAUCAUAGACUUCAUGUUUUAAUGUUGGGUGUUCUUACGUCGGGUGUGUAUACUGUUACUUCUAAUGCUCAACCUCAAGUGGGGAAGACAAGUUUUGCUCAACUGUGUGCAACAAUGAAAGCAAAUACAUUCAUUGAUUCUGCUGUUUGUGAUGUGGGUGCUCCUUUCUCCUGGAUUGCUGAGGAUGGAAAAGCGAACCUUCAACAGGCAUUCUCAACCACAUUAUUGCGCCGUCUUUGUUAG